CGGCUUCCUGCGUUUUUUCACCUGCGCUUCACACAGACCAGAGAGACACGGCUUUGGGAAUCUUUCGGACUUUCCUCACCUCAUUCAAACUAUAAGAAGAAGAAAGAAAAAAAUAAAAAACAACAACAACAAAAAACCCAAAGCGAAAUUUCCAAAAGAGCACAGACUCAACUCUUAGAGCGUCAGACCGACUUCAACUCCUCAUUUCUUGAAGCUCAGCGCAGGUAUCCACACACGCUGCUACUCUUUCUGUGAAGGAUGGAUUCGCCUGCUUUCCUGUUGCUGGCUCUGCUGAGCGCCGGGACACUUCUCCGAGUGCAGAGCAUAGAAACAGUCACUGCCCUGUACGGAGAGACCAUCGUUAUACCGUGCAACAACGGAGCUCCUCCACCGCGGGAUCUGAUGUUCACCAAAUGGAAAUACGAGAAGGAUGAUGGCACUCCCGGUGAUCUGCUGAUCAAACAGGUUCAGAAGAGCGAGGCCAUGGUUCAGGCCACGGACGACUACGCCCAACGAGUCAGCAUUGCCGCUAACUCCAGCCUUCUGAUCAGCCACGGCUCGCUGAAGGACCAGAGGAUCUUCACCUGCAUGGUGGUGUCGGCCUCCAACCUCUUGGAGUUCCCGGUCAACGUCUCCGUUCAGAAGCAACCAUCUCCACCUGAGAUUAUGGACAAGGCGAAAGUGCUGAACAAGGACAAGCUCACAAUGGUGGGAACAUGUGUUGUGAAGGAUGCCAACCCCACAGCUGAGGUCACAUGGACAAAGAAUGCGCUCCCUUUGGCAGCUGAUGGGAAAGCCGUUGUGGUCAUCAGAAGUGUGAGGGUGGAUCCAGCCACAGGCCUGUCCACCACCUCCUCCACCCUCCAGUACACAGCCACCAAGAACGACAUCAAUGCUAACUUCACCUGCAAGUCCACUCACUUGUUGGCCGUGCAGGAGACGACGCCGGAAAGCUUUUCCAUUCACUAUCCAUCAGAGAAAGUGAGUCUUCAGAUACUGCCCAGGCAGCCUCUGAUGGAAGGAGAUAACGUGACGUUGAAGUGCCACGCCGAUGGCAACCCUCCGCCCAGCAGCUUCUUCUUUCACAUCAUGGGCCAGAAAUUGCUGGUGGAAAAUUCGGAUACCUACACUUUGACUGCCGUCAGCCGAGCCAGUACGGGUGAAUACAAAUGCUCUCUGGUUGACAACGAGGAAAUGGAGGACUCACAAAGCAUCGUUGUUAACUACCUGGACCUGAGUCUGACUCCCACUGGGAUGGUUGUGAAGACAGUGGGGGACACCCUGGUGGUGGAGCCGCAGAUGGAUGCCUCGGGUGACCCUAAAGUGUCAUGGACCAAGGACGGUAAGGUGACGAAGGCUCCGGCGUUUGGACCGCUGACGUAUGCAGAUGCAGGCGUGUAUGUGUGUGAGGUGACCAUGACCGGCUUCACUCGCCGCCAGUCCUUUGAGCUGGUGGUGGAAGGAGGGCCCGUGAUCACCGGCCUGACCAAACACCGCGCAGACGACGGCAAACACAAAGUCCUGAUCUGCGAGGCCGAGGGAGUGCCAGAGCCCAGCUUCCAGUGGAGCAUCAAUGGCACAGAUGAGGAGAUUUCCUACCACAAUGGCAAGGCCACCCAUAAGAUCACUGUGACACCCAGGGCGAACCUGUCUGUGUCCUGUAUCGUCACCAACAAGCUGGGAGAAGAUUUCAAGACCAUCAAUGUUUCCUCUGUUUUUAUGGAGGAUACAGAGUCCAAAGGGUCUCAGGAGGACGCCCAGGACCAGGCGACGCUCAUCGUGGGCGUCGUGGUGGGGCUCCUCAUCGCUGCAGGACUCGUGGGCCUCAUCUACUGGCUCUACAUGAGGAAUUCAAGACAAGGAAGCUGGAAAACCGGAGAGAAGGAGGUGGGAACGUCCGAGGAGAGCAAGAAGCUAGAGGAGAACAAUCACAACGUCUAAAGACGGCCAGGCUCUGCUCAGGGACGACAAGAAGCAGGUGGAAGCAGCCUUGCAACGCCGAAAUGAAGACUCCUUACUGGCUGCUGAAACCCUCCAUCAAGCUCCACAUGAGCAGCAAACACAGAGUAAUUUGCCACCAAGUCCCGCCCACAGACUGCUGUCCCAUCUCACCGUAUGUAGUCGACACUACAGCUGCCUCGUGUUACUGUGUCACCUCCCCUCCUGUGUUCCUGGUGAAUGCUCUCUGUAGUUUCGAUUUUUUGUUUUUUCUCUUUUCUCUUUUCGUCUCGUUUUGUUUGAGCGAUCCAUGAGGCCGCGUGGUGGAUUGAAGACGCUCCUUUCGUGUUUUUAUUUGUUUUCGUUUUGUUAUUUCCGUUUUGGUUCAUUUUUUUCCCCCCUCUCUCUCUCCCCCCUCCUCCCCGUUUCUGCAAAGAAUGUAAAUUCCUUGUACACUUUCUAAGGCCUGUGUAACAAAUCAUAAUUAUGCGUGUGCCCUGGCUGAGCAUGCCAAAUUAUUUUUCCUUUUUGUGCGCUGUGUGGAAAAAGCCUUCGUUUGACUGUGCUCAGAGAAAAAGACACUUCACUGCUGUCUCACCCCUCCAAAAACGGCUCUGCAGAGCUAACAUUUCCAGGCUCUCACAAAAGAUUGUUGAAGCUGUUGAACUUUCUCAGAAGAUAACCUCUGCUUCACUCCACCACCUGACGUAGGCUCUUGGGUUUUUUUUUUUUUUUUUCAACACUGGCAAGUCGAUCCUGUGAAUGUCUGGUAAUGGCUGACAUGACACUUUGAGUUUUAGUCAUAAUCAUCACAUAGAAUAAGCAAGUGUUUGUACUGGGGAAUCAUUUCUAUACAUGCAACAGACUGACAAACCCACGGCGUCUGAAAUUGCAUUUGUCUUGAAAUAGAUUGGAAAUCAACAAGUGGAACGUUAUGAUACAUCCACCCACCAAUUAGUUGAUGAUUGUUUCUAUAAAUUACAGGUUUUCCUCCUCCAGUUCAGCUUCACCAUCAUUCUGCAUUAAAAUUUUUAUCAUCACUCACUUUUAUUGUGCUCUCCCAAGGACUGUUGGGAAAUUUUCCUUUAUGCCUUAGUUAAAUUUUAUGUGAAAAGGCAGAAGGCUGUCAUGAGUGUGCAGCAACUUGUAUGAAACGGAGAAAAUGAUAUGCUGCCGUAUUUUUUCCCCCCUUUUCAUAUCCUGUACAAAAAAAAAAGAAAAAAAAAAGAAGCUUUGAUAGCCUUGGGUUAUGACACUGUUUGUGAUUUGUGCAUCUGUGACGCUGCGGCGUCGUCUUCACCUCCUCACCUUCUUGUGUCAGCUUGAGCGUUCCUCUCCUGACGUACCAUCUCUUCUCAGUUAAGAUCACGGUUUUUAGAGUAGAUCUCGUUUUUUGUUAUUUUGCUUUUUUUGGAGGAGCUUUAACCAUUGCUGGGUCUGAAUGUCCUGUUUUUUGUGUGUUUCUUUUUUUUUUUUUUUUUUUUUUUUUUUUUCAUUUUUUGGAUGUAUUUAUGUCCUGUGUGAAACCUAACAGGAUGGAUGUGCUGCAGCAUGCUAGAUCUUUAUUAUUAUUAUUAUUUUUAAGCCUCUUUGGAAGGCGUCCUCCAAGUGUUGAAAAGGUACUGUGGUAGGAGAGGUACAUGAGGGUGAACAAGACAAUACAGUGCCUGCGUGCGUUCUUUGCUGUAUUAUUAAUAUUAUGUUUUAUUUGUGGUUAAAUGGUCUGAAGGAUAACCCAAGUUGAAGACAAUGGUUGUGAUUGGCAAAAGAGAUUCGGUGCAUAACGGUAGCGGCCCAUCCCACAAUAAUCAUGAAGAGAGUCAACAGGAAUUGCAAACCUUGGGAAUCUGUGAUGUUUGUAGUUCAGAUAAAAGUUUGAAAAUGUGCACAAAGUCCUUAAUAUUUAUGAGAAUGCUGUUAAACUACGAUUACUUCACAGCAUUUCAGAUUUAUCGUGAAUAUGCAGCGUGAGCCCCCUGGUGGUGUGUAUAAGUACGUCACGGUAACAAGGGAAAGACAUUUGUAACGAGAUUUCCUCUUAUUGUCUCGGGCUCCACCAAAUUUCCAAAUGCUGCACUCGACUUUUGCAUUGUUUCUAAUGUGGGAUGAUUAAAAAAAAAAAAAAAUGACUUGAAAGCGGAAGGUCAGCAUCUUUAU